CGCGGCAGAGUGGGAAGGAUUUGGCUUUGUGGUACUGUAGCAGCAAGUUGGGGAGAUCUAACGUUUUAUUUGACAAGAAACUGAACAAUGGGAAGCUGUUCUUCAGUUUGUGAUUUUAUCCUGGAAUAUGAUACUCCCAGGAUCGUACUUAUUAAAAACAGAAAAGUAGGGAUGAUAAACAGGGUCGUUCAGCUCGCAAUCCUUGCGUACGUUAUUGGGUGGGUACUUGUGUGGCAGAAAGGCUACCAAGAAUUUGAUUCCACUAUUGGCUCGGUUACAACCAAAGUAAAAGGUGUUACCGUUAUAAAUUCAACUCCACAUGAAGAAUACAUAUGGGAUGCAGCUGAUUAUGUUAUUCCUUCACAGCAAGAGAACUCCUUCUUUGUUAUGACUAAUUUUAUUCUUACCAAGAAUCAGACGCAAGGUCGGUGCCCUGAGUUGCCAAAUGAAAGUACAAGAUGUAAAUCAGACAGUGAUUGUGCAGCUGGACAGCACAGUUCCCAUAGUAACGGGAUUUUAACUGGAAAAUGUGUCCACUAUGAUGUAAAUGUGAAAACUUGUGAGAUUUUUGCUUGGUGUCCUGUGGAGAAUGAUACAGUUAUUCCCAAUCCUGCAAUUCUUGGAGCAGCUGAGAACUUCACAGUGUUAAUAAAGAACAGCAUUACCUUUCCUAAGUUCAAUUUUUCAAAGAGAAAUAUUUUGACAAAUGCAACUGCAACCUACUUAAAAUCUUGUAUAUUCAAUCGAAAUACUGACCCUUUCUGUCCAAUAUUUCGUCUUGGGGAUAUGGUUCAAGAAGCAAGAGAGGAUUUUCAAAAAUUAGCUGUUCAGGGUGGAGUGAUGGGGAUUUUAAUAGAGUGGAACUGUAAUCUGGACCAAUCAUCAUCUAAGUGCAUUCCAAAAUAUGUCUUUCGGCGCCUUGACAACAGAGACUUUGCUGCAACAGUAUCGCCUGGGUACAAUUUUAGAUUUGCUAAAUACUUUGUAAAUUUGAAUGGAAUAGAAGUAAGAACAUUGUUCAAGACGUAUGGAAUACGAUUUGAGGUUGAAGUUUUUGGACAGGCUGGAAAAUUUGAUAUUAUCCCUACAAUGAUAAAUAUCGGAUCUGGGUUGGCAUUAUUAGGAAUGGCAACAAUCUUGUGUGAUAUUAUUGUCCUGUACCUCUUAAAGAAAAGCAAAUAUUAUAAAGAAAAGAAGUACAAGUAUGUUGAAGACUAUGAAUUGGGGAUUGAAUCAGAAGAUUAAAGGAGCCAUACAGAAUUCUGGAAACAAACUGACUUCUAUCCUGUGAACUUGAAGUCAAAAGACUGGUUUUCUACCUUGGGCCUUGGCUAUCAGGUCCACUUUAAAACUGUAAAUAAAUAUUAUUGAGUUUUAUCUAAAGAGUUUGAUCAACAACUUGAAAUUGUUUUAAAAAUGAUUAAAGACUAAA